AGAUGCUAAAGAUGCUAAUGGAAAGACCAGAGAUAAAUAAACUUGUUUAAGAGAUUAAUUUCAUAAAUUACAUAUCCAUGUUUCUGAGUCAUUUCAGCUGAGAUCUUCUAGCUAUCAGAAGCUGUGAUGUCCAACUAUAAGACAGGAAAUAAACUGCUGUUUCCAUAACAACUGUCAUAGAAAAUAUGUUUUUUCUUUAUUUCCUGUCUGAGGUCAUGAUGAAGAGUCAGGUAGCGCUCUUUUAUGUCCUGAUCAUUAUGAACGAAGGAUCAGCCCAAAGCCUGAAACCCCGCCGGAGCGUUUUCUUCUCAGAUGUGAACCUGAAGCUGUUUAAGGAGCCAGACUUUAACGGUUUGAGCUCCCUGCUGGUCAGAGAAGACAUCGGUCUGCUCUUCGUCGGAGCCAGAGGAAAGGUCAUCACGCUCAGUUUGGAUGACAUCACUGUAAAAACCAGCGAGGUUAACUGGACGGUGACCUCUAAAGAAAAAGCCCUGUGUAAGGUGAAAGGCAAGAGCAUCGAGGAAUGUGACAACUACAUCAGGAUGAUGCACACUCUGGAUGAUGGCAGAAUUCUGGUUUGUGGAACCAAAGCAUUCAACCCUACCUGCACACACCUGAUGUUUGAAGAAGGAAAUGUGACCAUGGAAGACAGUUUCCAGAAUGGCAGGGGGAAAGUUCCCUUUGACCCCAACGAAAACUUUGCCUCCAUGGUGAAUGGAAACACGUUAUAUACCGCUGGUUCUAUAAACUUCCUGGGAACAGUAAAGUCUUUCCAAAGACAUGGGAGGAAUACCUUGAGGACUGAACCAAUAUGGUCUUGGCUCAAUGGACCCAACAUGAUUUCCAUGAAAUUUGCUGAAAUCAGCAAACAUUCAAACAACAACGAGGACGACAACGUGUUCUUGUUCCUCACAGAGAUCAAAAUCGAGGCUCAACGUAGUAACUUGCGACUGUCAAGAGUUGCACGAGUGUGUAAAAGCGACUUGGGAGGAUUGAGAAUUUUGCAGAAAAAGUGGACUUCUUUCCUGAAAGCCCGUCUGGACUGCCCGUUUGGAGAUGAAGGUUCAGCAUCCCUGGUGCAGGACGUCUUUUUUCUCCAAGAUGAAAAUAACGUGACCGACAGCAUCUUCUACGCAACAUUCACCUUGAGCACGGAGCCAUCCAGUACCUGCAGUCAGUCCGCUGUCUGCGCCUACAAGCUGUCAGACAUCCAGCAAGUUUUCAGGGGGAACUUUAUGACCUUUACUGAUUCUGGCAGCUGGGUGAGGUACACAGGAACAGUAUUUAGCCCCUACCCUGGUUCGUGUAUUAAUGAUGAAAUGCGAACCAGUGGUGUGAGGACUUCUCGUGACCUCCCAGACUCAACCCUGCUGUUUGUGAAGAACCAUCCUCUGAUGGAGCAAGUUGUGACACCGAUCACUGGGAAACCCCUGCUGGUCCGGUCUACGGCCCAGUUCUCCAAAAUUGUUGUUGACAAAGUAACCUCUCUGGAUGGAGAGCAGCACAACGUCAUGUUUAUUAGCAACAACUCUGGUUGGCUGCAGAAGGCGGUGUGGUCUGGUGAUGAUGGAGGGCGAAUCAUUGAGGACUUGCAGCUGUUUCAGGAUCCUCAGCCCAUUCGCUUCCUUCAGCUCUCUAGAAGAGGUCAGCUGUACAGCGCAACUAGAACUGCUGUUGCUCAGCUCAGUGUGAGGGACUGCAGCCGCUACACAUCCUGUGCUGACUGCCUUAUAGCCAGAGAUCCAUACUGUGGCUGGGACCACCUCAAAGGCCUGUGUGCUGCUGUUGCUGGUGCUUCAAACUUCUCCAUGAUCCAGAACCUCAUUGAUGGUGAUGCUAUAAUGUGCCCAAGCUCUCAUUCAGUAUCGAUGCAGAUUACCGACAUCCACCUCACAGCUGACGUCGCACAGUUCCUCCCCUGCUUCCCUGAUGCCAAUCUCCCCAUCAGCUGGAGCUUCUCUGGUAAAAUCCUUGAGCCCGGUCCCCGACACAUUCUGCUCAGCCAGGGACUCGUUUUAACACCUUCCUUCACUGAUGAAGGCAUUUACACCUGUGAGACAGUGGAAGUAGUUAAAGGCAGAGAGCACAAGAAGGCGGUGAUCCAGUACCAGGUCAAAAUCGGAAGACAGGGCGGAAGAUACUUCAGUACACACCUCUUCACCUACAGCCUUAUCAUUGUUUCAUUUGGUGCUCUUGGUGUAAUUCACAUGUACAAACACUGGACACAGAAAUCUCCAAACCAUGUUCGGUGUGGCCAGUGUGGGAGUGAUCCUUGUACUAAUAGAGCCAUAGCAUCCAGGGGGUUAGAGAGGGCAAAGUCUACCGUUGAAAACAGAUUUGUUGUUAAAUGAAAGAACAACCCAGUUCUGCUAAACUCUGAGCAGCAUUCCAUGCAACGCAAUGCAAAAAUAAAUGCCUAAAAUGA